GUGGAUGCGCGCUUCCCCCUGCAGGAGCUCUUCGCCGAGUUCGGGACCCUGAAGAAGGCAGCCGUGCACUACGACAGGUCCGGCCGCAGCCUGGGGACGGCGGACGUGCACUUUGAGAGGAAGGCAGACGCCCUGAAGGCCAUGAAGCAGUACAACGGGGUCCCCCUGGAUGGGCGCCCCAUGAACAUCCAGCUGGUCACGUCACAGAUUGACACACAGAGGAGACCAGCACAGAGUGUAAACAGAGGUGGCAUGACCAGGAACCGUGGCGGUUCGGGAGGGUUCGGUGGUGGAGGAGGCAACAGGCGAGGUACUCGCGGUGGGAACAGAGGGAGAGGCAGAGGAGCUGGAAGAACUUCCAAACAGCAGCUCUCCGCAGAGGAACUAGAUGCACAGCUGGAUGCUUACAAUGCCAGG